GCGGCGGGGCUGGCGAGUUCAGGUGAGCAGUUGCUCGUUGGGGCGGCCCGCGGCGGCGGCUCCAGGGCCCAGCAUGCGCGGGGGUCCCUGCAGCCACCAUGUACGUGGGCUAUGUACUGGACAAGGACUCUCCGGUGUACCCCGGCCCCGCCAGGCCCCCCAGUCUCGGUCUGGGCCCGCAAGCCUACGGGCCGCCGCCCCCGCCCCCCGGACCCCCGCAGUACCCCGACUUUACUGGCUACUCUCACGUGGAGCCGGCCCCCGCGCCCCCUGCGGCCUGGAGCGCGCCCUUCUCUUCGUCCAAGGACGACUGGGCCGCCGCCUAUGGCCCGGGCCCUGCGGCCCCGGCUGCCAGCCCAGUCCCGCUGGCGUUCGGGCCCCCUCCGGACUUUAGCCCGGUGCCCGCGCCCCCUGGGCCUGGCCCGGGCCUCCUGGCGCAGCCCCUCGGCAGCCCUGGCGCACCGUCCUCACCCGGAGCGCAAAGGCGGACUCCCUACGAGUGGAUGCGGCGCAGCGUGGCGGCGGGAGGCGGCGGUGGCAGCGGUAAGACCCGGACCAAGGACAAGUACCGCGUGGUCUACACCGACCACCAGCGCCUGGAGCUGGAAAAGGAGUUCCACUACAGUCGUUACAUCACCAUCCGGCGGAAGUCGGAGCUGGCCGCCAAUCUGGGGCUCACUGAACGGCAGGUGAAGAUCUGGUUCCAGAACCGGCGGGCAAAGGAGCGCAAAGUGAAUAAGAAGAAGCAGCAGCAGCAGCAGCAGCCUCCCCAGCCCCCCCAGCCACCACCACCAGACCACGAAGUCACCCCCGCCACAGCUGGGCCACCCCUGGGGGGCCUGUGCAGCAGCUCCGCCAGCCUCCUGGGUGCCUCCUCCCCGAUGCCUGUCAAGGAGGAGUACCUGCCUUAGCUCCCAGCCCUGCUACUGACCUUAUGGGUCACCUUGGACAGGUCACCCACCCAGCCCCCGUUUGCCCUUGGCCUGUCUGUGCAGUGAGCUCCUUGGAUAAGGACAUUCUCCUAUUCUUGGUCUCAGGGGGAUAAGGGAACCCAGGGUGGGAGGUCUCAGUCCCCAGAGGGCUGGGGGCAGGGGGCCAGGAUAAGCCCCCAGUCCCCAUCUCCCUCUCCAGAGGUUCAGGGGCAGAAGGCUGUUACAGGGACUAGACCGACCCUGGGGAAAGCAGAUGGAGCUGGGGAAGGUGGAAGGCUUGCCCACCGUGACCUACGGGAGGAAUGCGGUCAGCUCCCACCUGUCUGGUCCUGCAGCCUCAGCUCCACCUGCCCCUGCCCUGACAUGACCCAACCCUCUCCUGGCUGAUGCAGAGCGCAGGGCCCACAGGAUGGGGCCCGAGAGGCUCUGGUGACUGUCCCCUCAGGCUUGCAGAGCCGUACCUCCUCACCAGCAUUCUCAGUGGGGCCUCCGGGUUGGGGAGAGGCCCCCAGGAGGGGGACAGAGGGGCAGCAUCCCUCUGCCAGGUUCCACCCCACCAGGCCGUCCCCCAGGGCCCAGGCCGCACCGGGCCCUCGGAGGACGUGCUCUGAACGGAGCAGGGCUCACAGCUGGGCAAGUGUGUACAUAGAGUGGAAUCUUGUGGAUGCAGCUUCAAGAAUAAAUUUUUCCCUCUUUUUAAAAAUUAUAAAAAUUAUUAUACAUA